AUGACGGCGCCGGGAGGCCGCGCAGCCCUCAGCUCGCCUCCAGCGGCUGCAGCUGGGCCUCACUGGACCUCACCACCCUCUGCGCCGUCGCAGCAUCGCCCUCGGAACGUGCGCGACGCUUCUCUGCAGCUCGUAUCCGCGCAGUGUACCGCGCAGUGUCCGGAGCAGUGCGCCUUUGUCUCGACGGCUAAGCGCCCCAGCCCAGCCGUUAAGCGCAGGCGCCGCGCUCAGCUGCCCUGGACGACGUCUCUCAGCGUAGAUCCCGCCGUCUCUCAGUGUAGAUCCAUCGUCGAGGCCGUUCAUGCGCCCACCCGCUGCGCUCCCCAGACCGCCGUCCCAGCGCUGCUAGCCCGCGCGUCCCCACUCCGCACGCUCAAUCUGCCAACACGGGGCCGCCGCACCGCACCAGGCACCGCUGCAGGCACCGCUGCAGGCACCGCAGGCACCGCAGGCUCCGGCACGCAGCACACCAACACCCAGCACCUCUGCUGGACACGGCCCUCCUUCACAGCCCUCGCACCUGCCCGCGCUCCGUCGUUCCUUCCGCCGGCCGCCGCCCCAGAUCGCACCGGCCGCCGCGCUCCCCCAGCGCUCCCCCCUCGCGACUGCCUCGAGCCGGGGGCCAGCGCUGCCCGACCCGUCGAGCCUCCGCAAACUCUCGCCGCCGGGCGCACCCCGUCGCCCCCAGCAACCCCUACAACCACCGCAGGGCGCUGCCCACCUCUCGCCAUGUACCAGCUGCCGCCUCCCCCCCGCCAGCCCGCGUCGGCGCCCGCACAGCACAUGGGCCUGCCACCACCGCCGCCGCGGCCCUCGACUGGCGUCAACAUACCCCCUCCCCCCCACGGCGCCGCCUAUGCUGUUGGCUGGGGCGCCCCCCCGCCGCAGCGCCCCCAGCAGCAGUACCAGCAGCCCGGCUACAAUCCCAGCCUGUACCAGGGCUACCAGUCGCACCUGCCCCCGCCGCCCGGCCCGCCCCCGCUGCAGCAGCACAUCGAGGCGCCGCUCACCUCGGCCACGUACAUCCCUGAUGGAGAAUCGUUUGGACCUGGCGUCGGCAUCCCAGCCCUGCAGUCGCAUGCCGCUCGCCAGUACUCGGAGCCCACCUUCUACCGCGAGGACGGCUUCCCCCCGAAUGCCGACAUGUCCGGCACCAGCUUCCUCAACCUGCACGACAGCGUCCAGAGCAUCCAGUAUGGCUCCAGCGCGCCCCUCGGCUUCGCCCAUGCCGCCAGCCGCAGCCACCACGGGUAUGACCAGCUUGGCUCGAACACGACUAUGCAGAACCACUACCACCGCCCAGACGGCCCUAUAUCGCCGCCUGUCGCCGAACAGCAAUGGCCCGCCGAGCAGGUGCAGCGAUGGCUGGCAGACAACGGCUUUUCGAAGGACUGGCAGGAGACGUUUCGGACACUCGGGCUUGAGGGCUCGCGCUUCCUCGACAUUGGACGUGGCCACGGCUCCAAGGGCAACGUCGCCAUGAUGCACCAGGUCAUCUUCCCCCAGCUCGCCAAGCAGACCACGGCAAGCGGAACGGGGUGGGACCAAAACCGAGAACGAGAUGAAGGCCGCAAGCUGCGCCGGCUCGUGCGCCAUAUCGUGGAGACUGGAAGCUCUGGCCCGGUCCGCAUGCCCCAGCGCAGUGAUACUGGGGUGACGGCCAGUGCAGGGACUGAUGGAGGCCUCGAGAAUUCGCCGUUCAUGCCACCAAAUCCACUGGGCUUUGGCUCGACGCCGACCACAGCCAACGGCGAAGACAGCCCAGGCAGGCCCUUGUUGCACUCGCCCUCUGCCUCCGCACCCCCACGACGCAUCUCGACGCAGCAAAGAAACUUCACGGCACCAACAAUCGGCCUGCCAGACUACGCCGACACCCGCACCGCCUUCUCCAAGGAGAUCCUCCGCGACCUCGAACCCAGCUCCAAGAGGCACAGUCCCAACGUUUCAGGAGACUUUGGGCCCUCUGCGUUUGGGUCGCAUCGACAGGCCAGCCCACAGCAAAGUCCAGCGCUCCCAUCUGCGCGGCUUGCAGCAAACGGUGGUCAGCUCAGUGCAGGCAUAGCAGCCAACGGGCAACGCUACUAUUCGCAUGCCCGCGGCAACAGCUCCGAGUCUAACCUAUCCACAUUCGCAAAUACAGGCUCAGGACCUCCCACGGGCCGCUCUUUUGCGGAAGGCCGAUCGGACAGCCGCAAUGAGAGCAAGAGGAAUGCCUCCGAAGCGCCGCGGCCCGGGACAGGACUCACACGCUAUGACAAUGCAGAGCCGUUGAGUGCGAAAGACCACCACAAGGGCUUCUUUGGCAAGAUCAUGGGCCGCGACAGGAAGAAGCACGACAGCCAUCCCUCUCCCGAAGACGCCAACCUGGAUUCUCCCACCAGCCCCGCAAGCCAUCGCCAUCACGCGAGCGGAUCGUUCUUUGGCAAGUCUGGCAUGAACUCGAGCGAGACCUCCCUGAACGAACGCCCCCGCUCUCGUCGGUCUGCGCAGACGGACGCAGAGAGCCGGCUGUCCGGCCACACGCGAACGUCGAUGCGCGACGAGCGUAGAUAUGCAUUCGUCACGCCGGACGGCUGGAAUUACCGUUUGAUCGACGUCACCAACGCAGACACCGCCGCAGCCAUACGGUACAUGUGUUGCGAGGAGCUGAACUCGGGUCUCAGUCAGACGCCUGGCGUGGAGCUCUACUUGACAACACCAGGCCAAUACGAGCACGACGGCGCGCUGUCCGACUCUAACCUCCUGGAAGCGCGCUCGCAGUUCGGCAACAAAUUUGGAGAGCUGAAGAUCUUCGUCAAGGUCCCACAGGAAGGGCCGCCGUCGAACGGUUUGGGCGUCUUGGUGGCGCAACCAACCAUCCUUGAUACCGCCUCUCAGGCUGGGUCUCCUGGCAGUCUCAAGUCUGCGGAGUCGACGCUCGUGCCUGCCCAAGCCGCAGCACUGCGCCAGCUGACAAAGGAAGAGCCCAUGCCUGAUGUCAGUUUCCACCGGCCGAAUGCGAACAGACCGAUAGAGCCUUAUGCUGUCGACGAUGGCCCCGAGCAGGAACGCCGCAGGAUGCUCGAGCUGGCUGCCGAGGAGCACCGCAAGGAGACGAAGCGGAAGCAAGAGGAGUACUUCAAGGGGCGCAUGCAGCGGCUGAAGGGCACCAGUCCUGACCCCAUGUCCGCUUCACUGUCUGCGUCUGGCGACAGUCUUGGCUUCCGAAGCGCAGGGGUCAUCGACUUUGACGAGCCGCGCAAUUCGCCCUACGAAGAAAUCAAGAAGCCGUUCGAGCCUCAAAAAGCCACGAAAGAGCUCGUCCCUAAGAGGCAACCGCCACCCGUACCAGCUGACACAACAACACUCCUCAAAGCUAACUCACUCUCAAGAAGCAAAAACCGCCCGCCAUCCUGGCCAGAAGGUGACGAUACCUCGAGCAAGCGCAAGUCGGCCGAGUCGGAGACAGCCAAGCGGAAAGCCAUCCCUCAAGGCCCAAGUGGACUUUCUAACAUUGCGGCUGCUAUCAUUGGAGCAGGCAUUGCCGGAGGGUCGGUGGGUGCAGCCAACAAAGCACUGCCCAAGCCCCCUCCUAAGCCAGAGAUGCACGACUCCUCGCCCGAGAGUGUUCGUCCUUCGCAGCAGCUCUUGAAAGAAAGUGGCUUCGGUGCCGGGUCAGGCAGAAACAGUCCAGGUGGGUCUCCCCGCAGCCCUGGCGACUUUACAAUGAGCAAAGGCAACAUUCCGUUCAAAAUACCUGACUAUGUGGAAGUUUCUCCAGAUGCGAUGGCCUUCGAUAAGCCCGAACUCACCCUCGCGAUGCCCACUCCGCCCCGCCUGACCGAGGACAAGUCGAAGGAACAGCGGCCGCGCACGCCCGACUUCAGCCCGACCUCCUCCCGCGCCCCCGCAAGCACACUCACCCGGGAGUCGUCGCGUGUCUCCAUCUACGGGCCGACGCACGACUUUGAAGAAGCGCGCGUAUCGUUCCGCGAUGAGCCGAAUGUCGAGGCCUCCGACUCUGACGACGAUUCUGACGACGGUCUGUUCGCCGCACCGCUCGCUGGUCGCAGCCCACCCCCUGCACCGGCACCAGCACGGAAUGUCUCUAUUGCAAGGAACACCAGCGGCCAUCGGGCACAGCGCCCCAAUCUAAAGCUGAAGACGUCACGUUCUAAGAAUUCACUGGCUCAGGUGGCCGAGCAGCAAGAGCAAGACGAGCGCCAGUCGCACGUCGACAAGAUCCCCGAGUCUGCUGCUUCUACGACCUGGACUGACUCCCCACGUGACGAGCCCGACUUCAACCGUCGCGACUCGUUCGCUAGCAACGUAUGGGCAAAUCGUCCACCCGCCGAAGCCCUUGUGGACCACCUCGACGAGCUGUUCCCCAACGUCAACCUCGACCAGCCGAUGCUUGAAGAGGAGGAGACGGAUUCUAGUGAUGCGCCUACCGAAUCUUCAAACGCGAGCUUCGGUACCUUGACGCCAAUGUCUUCAGUCGACAAAGCCAGUCCCAACCCGCCGUUGAGCCGCGGACAAACUGGCCUCCAGUCUAUCGCCCAGCGCAACAUGCGGAAGUCUGGCGCAGGACUCGGAAGGACAAAGUCGAUUCGUGAAGUUGUCAAGUCACAAUACCACCCCAUGGAGAAGCGGGGCCAGGCUGCUGCCACGGGUCCCUCGCGGGUCGCUACACUACGCAACGGUGGCGACAUCAUGAGGAGGAAGUCGACCAAGAUGUUCCACGCCAGGAUCGAGCAGGUCAAGCCGUCGCGAGGAUCACGACUCAUCCAGCUCGAGACCAUCCCGCAGGACAAUCUGCCGAUGCAGCGCCAGCCAACAUUCAAAUGGAUGAAGGGCCAGCUGAUUGGCAAGGGAACGUUCGGUCGCGUGUACCUCGGUAUGAACAUCACCACUGGUGAGCUUAUUGCGGUCAAGCAGGUCGAGGUCAACGCCAAAGCGGCCGGCUCGGACAAAGACAAGAUCAAGGAGCUCGUCAAGAGUCUCGACCAGGAGAUCGACACGAUGCAGCAUCUCGACCACCCCAACAUCGUGCAGUAUCUUGGAUGCGAGCGCAAAGAGUACAGCAUCUCCAUCUUCCUCGAGUACAUUUCUGGUGGCUCAGUCGGCUCCUGCAUCCGCAAGCACGGCAAGUUUGAGGAGAGCGUGGUCAGCUCUCUCACCCGCCAGACCCUGCUCGGCCUGUCCUACCUCCACCGUGAAGGCAUUCUGCACCGCGACUUGAAGGCUGACAACAUCCUCCUCGACCUCGACGGCACGUGCAAGAUCUCCGACUUUGGUAUCUCCAAGAAGAGCGACAACAUCUACGGCAACGAUGUCACAAACUCCAUGCAGGGCUCUGUCUUCUGGAUGGCGCCGGAGGUGAUUCGCUCCCAGGGCCAGGGCUACAGCGCGAAGGUGGAUAUCUGGUCCCUUGGCUGCGUCGUCCUGGAGAUGUUUGCUGGCAAGCGUCCCUGGAGCCGCGAGGAAGCCAUCGGCGCCAUCUACAAGCUGGGCUCCCUCAACCAGGCACCCCCUAUCCCCGAGGACGUCAGCAGGGCCAUCAGCAUCGAGGGGCUGAGCUUUAUGUACGACUGCUUCACAAUCGAUCCUACCGAGCGCCCGACAGCCGAGACGCUGCUGCGGGCGCCAUUCUGUUUCUCGGAUCCCAACUACAACUUUCUGGAUACCGAGCUGUAUGCGAAGAUUCGGGGAGCGUUCCAAUAGCGUUUGCGCACGUACAGCUUUGUAAUGAGCCAUGUUCCGCGAUCUACGGCACAUUUUCUAUGUUUCAACGUGUAUUUCGAAAGGAUUAUAUACCCCUCUUUUGUACCUUCAUUCAACCUUUUCACAUGUAGCUUCAGGGUCAACGACCAAUACCAAUUUUGUUAUACUCAGGAGCUCGACAUCUGGUCAACACAGCCACAGUCAGCUGAAUCGGUGUCCGACUGUAC